AUGGUUGCUUGUCCCGUGUGCAAUAAGGAAGUCAAGGACGAGAGAAUCAAUGAGCACCUCGACAGCGGCUGUGCCGAACAUGUCAUCGAUCAACAUGGCACCCCCAACCCGGCAAAGACGCUCACGCACAGCUUCUUCACGCCAGGAGCGCGCAGCUUAAAGCCGCCAACUACCACGCAAAGAAACCGCAACCCGACAUCGUCACCCCCAGUGGCGCCGUCAGCGACCCAGCGCGUGGAGCGACCAAAGACGCCACUAGGCACGAAACGAUCCUUCGAAGAGGCUGCGGAUGGCCCGGCAAUUGGGGAACAGUCGCCCUCCGCCCCUAAGAGGGCACGGCGGCUGAAGGCAGUCGAGGAUGCUAUGCCUCUCGCAGAGCGCAUGCGCCCGACGAGCCUAGACCACGUAUGCGGACAAGAGCUCGUAGGGCCCGGUGGCAUUUUACGCGGAAUGGUGGAUGAGGGCAAACUGCCGUCCAUGGUGCUCUGGGGCCGCCCAGGAACAGGCAAGACGACCAUUGCUCGACUCAUCGCAAAUACCUCGGGCGCGCGCUUCGUCGAAAUCAACAGCACCAGUACAAAGCUGGAGGAAGUGAGGAGGAUAUUUGCAGAGGCAGCCAAGGACCUGCAGCUCGCUGGUCGGAAAACAAUCGUCUUCUGCGACGAGCUACACCGCUUCUCCAAGACACAACAGGAUGCCUUUCUCGGGCCAGUCGAGUCCGGCACCAUUACUUUAAUUGCAGCGACUACAGAGAACCCGUCCUUCAAAGUCAUCUCCGCACUCCUAUCGCGAUGUCGAACCUUCACCCUGGACGACCUGAAAGAGCAGGACCUCGUCCGGAUACUCGAACGCGCCAUGGCAGCCGAAAACUGCACAUCACCGAUCCUCGAUCAGUCCAUGCUAGAGUACUUCGCCCGCUUCUCAGACGGCGAUGCCCGUACUGCCCUCAACCUCCUCGAGCUCGCCAUGAGCCUCUCCAAAAACCCCGACAUGACCAAGGAGAAGAUACAACAAAGCCUUACCAAGACCCUCGUCUACGACCGCGCCGGCGAUCAGCACUACGACAGCAUAUCCGCACUACACAAAUCAAUACGAGGAUCCGACGCAGAUGCUGCCCUCUACUACUUGGCACGAAUGUUGGAGUCUGGCGAGGACCCACGGUACAUCGCCCGUCGCCUUAUCGUCGUUGCAUCCGAGGACGUUGGGCUGGCAGACAACACUAUGUUGUCGCUUGCGACAGCCACCUACUCCGCAUGCGAGAAAAUUGGAAUGCCAGAGUGCCGUAUCAACCUCGCCCACGCCGUUACUGCGCUCUCCCUCGCCCCAAAGUCGACACGUGCAUACAGAGGAUUGAAUAGUGCCAUGGACGCACUUCAUGAGCCAGGCAUUGCUGCCUUGCCAAUACCCCACCACCUACGGAAUGCACCGACGAAGCUCAUGAAAGAUAUGGGCUAUGGAGAAGGUUACAAAUAUAACCCGCAUUAUCUUGAUGGAAAGGUGAAGCAGGACUACCUGCCCGAGGGGCUGAAGGGUAGAUCGUUCCUCGAAGGCGGAGACCUUGGGAGUAAGAUUGACCCCGACUUAAUUGAAGACGAUGAGUUGGUGCCAGAACUAGACGACUGA